AACACAAGUGUAAGGCAGACUACUCUUGUUUCUAGGUCAGUAUGGCUGCAAUGGAAGAUUUUUUACUACAUACUCCGAAUGUAACAUCUCUGCUCAUCACAGUUGUGAUCUUACUUGCUUUCUAUCUAAUAUGCACCAAACUUGCUUCUGAGAGAAACUACCCUCCAGGUCCCACGCCACUGCCGCUGUUUGGCAAUUUGCUACAGUUGAAUCGUCAGCCGCUUCACAUUGCGCUCUAUGAGCUGUCCAAGAAGUAUGGCCCAGUAUUCACUGUCCAUUUGGGGCCCAAAAAGACAGUGGUGCUGGCAGGUUACAAGACGAUCAAGCAAGCUCUGCUGAAUGUUGAUGCCUUUUCAGACAAAGAAAUACUUCCAAUUAUUAGUGACUUAAAAUUAACUCAUGGAAUUGUUUUUGCCAGUGGAGAUUCAUGGAGAGAGAUGAGGCAUUUUGCAUUAACAAACUUAAAAGAGUUUGGAAUGGGAAAGACGGCAAUCGAAGAAAAAAUCAUAGAGGAGUCUGAGUGCCUGAUUGAAGUAUUUGAAGAAAAAAAAGGUAAAGCCUUUGACAGUGCUGAGGCUGUGAAUGCUGCUGUUUCCAAUAUCAUCUGUUCGAUUGUUUAUGGUAAAAGAUUUGAAUAUGAUGACCCAGAGUUCAGAGUGAUGGUGAGUCGAGCUAUUAGGAAUACUCAACUCCUGGGCUCUGCUUCAGUGCAGUUGUAUAACUACUUUCCAAUGCUGUUCAGUUGGGUUAAAGCCCGCAAAGAGCUGAUAGAGAAUGCCUUUGCUAAUAGAAGACAGAUCGCAGCAUUGAUCAAAGGUUUAGAGGACACCCUUGAUCCACAGAUGUGCAGAAGUUUGGUGGAUUCAUUUCUCGCUCGGAAGAUUCAGCUUGAGGCAUCUGGAAAUAUAGAUAAAAAUAUAAGUUCUCACUAUCACGAAGACAACCUACUGAUUACUGUUGUCAACCUAUUUACUGCUGGCUCAGAAUCUACAUCUAUUACUAUAAGAUAUGGCUUAAUGCUCAUGGCCAAGUACCCUGAAAUACAAGACAAAGUCCAGGAGGAACUGGAUCAGGUAGUAGAAAAUCGCCAGGUCCGAGUGGGAGACAGAAAGAGCCUGCCGUUCACUGACGCUGUCAUCCAUGAAAUACAAAGAGUGAUUAAUACUACGCCUUUUAUUGUACGUUGCGUUUCACAAGAUGUCACCUUUCAGUCCUACUUCAUCAAGAAGGGAACCCCAGUGAUUGGUCUGCUUUCAUCAGCUCACUGUGAUGAGAAUAACUGGGAAAAGAGUUCUGCUUUUAAUCCAGCCCAUUUCCUGGAUGAGAAAGGCAAUUUUAGAAGGAGAGAGGCCUUUAUCCCAUUCUCUCUAGGGUCGAGGGUUUGUGCUGGAGAGAGUCUGGCCAAGAUGGAGGUUUUCCUUUUCUUCGCUUCCCUCCUCCAGCGCUUUCGAUUCACUCCUCCACCUGGAAUGACUGGAGAUGACCUGGAUCUGACACCAGUUGUAGGGUUCACCCUCACCCCUUUACCUCAUAAGCUCUGUGCCAUCAGCAGAUUUUAAAGAUUAAAAGUGUAGAACACACAAGUGCUAUUUUUCUUUAACCAUUUUGGUUACACAAAAACGCUAACAACAAGCUGUAGGAGUUUGAUCUGCUUGUUCUUAUCAAAGGUAUUGUUGUCAUUGUUAAAACCAAGUUUGCUGUUUUUAAACACACCUAUCAUAAAUCCCCUGAGUGAAGUUUUUAAAAUUUGGCUACAAACACCAUGGAAUCAGGGAUGAAUUAAUUAGAUUUUGGUGGUCUAAAGCCACUGUAACCUCAUGAAACAUUUUUGGCAAUAAAUCAAGAAUUCAAUAAAGAAGCAAGGAUAUUUUUAUUAUCCCUAAAGGACAAUUUGUUGUUCAGACAGCAGAAAUCACACAACCAUCAAGCAAAAUGCAAUAAAUGUACAAAAAAAGCAGGAGUAAGAACACAGGCUAGUAUUCAAUGUAUUUGUCCUGUAUAAUGUUUGCAGUUAGAUGGAAGCAACGUAAAACUGUCCUAACUUCAGAGUCCUAAUCUUAUGUGUACAGCUCAGAAAGGUCAUUCAGGGUCAAAUGGAAGCAUAUGUACAAUAUUUGGUUAAUUUGACACAUUUUACUGCAUCUAUUUCUACUUUCAUUAAAUUUUUCUCUCUUA